AUGAGCAUCCGGUACAAAUUACUGAUAACCGGAGCAAGACAGAUUGUUCAGAUCACAACUUCCAAUGAUGUUACUUUUCUUCGGGGAGUCCACGACAUGAAUAACAUCAAACUUUCUGAACUUCAGCUGUCAAAGAUGGCAGACAAAGAUGGCUGCCAGAGCCGGCUGUCAGCAAAUGGUGGUGUAAUUUUACCGGGUUUGGUGGAUGCUCACACUCAUCCAAUUUUCGCUGGAGAUCGAGUUCACGAAUUUGCAAUGAAGCUUGCUGGAGCCACUUAUUUGGAAGUUCAAAAAACUGGCGGUGGCAUUUUGUUCACUAUGGAAAAAACUAGAGCUGCUUCAGAAGAAGAAUUAUUAGGCGAUUUUGAAGAACGAGUUUUGAUGAUGAUCAAGAACGGAACAACAACGUUGGAAGCUAAAAGUGGAUAUGGUUUAAACACUUUGGCGGAAAUGAAAAUGCUUCGAGUAAUCGAUAUGGCUGCUGGAUAUCUUCCAAUAGAAAUAGUGGGUACCUUCUGUGGCGGUCAUGCUAUACCGAAAGACAGUGAUGAAGAAACGCAAACGAAUUUAAUCAUAGACGAAAUGAUCCCAGAAAUAGUAAAGGAGAAGCAGGAGGGACGCUUAACCGCUAUCAAAAAUAUUGACGUGUUUUGCGAGAAAGGAAAUUUUGGUGUGGAUGCAACACGACGGAUAUUAGCAGCUGGAAAAAAACAUGGAUUAGACAUCAACUUUCAUGCUGAAGAGCUAAAUUAUAUUGGGGGAGCGGAAAUGGGCGCGUCCCUCCAAGCUCGAGCAAUGAGCCAUCUGGAGAAUAUUAGUGAGGAGGGUAUCAAAGCAAUGAGUGCUUCUGGAACUGCUGCAGUGCUGCUACCCACCACGGCAUUUACUUUGAGAAUUAAACCUCCACCAGCGCGCCAAAUGAUAGAUGAAGGAGUUAUUGUUGCCCUCGGAUCCGACUUCAAUCCGAAUGCGUACUGUCUAGCCAUGCCAAUGGUUAUGCAUCUGGCUUGUAUCAAUAUGAGGAUGUCAAUGUCAGAAGCUUUGGUUGCGGCAACUAUCAACUCUGCUUAUGCCCUGGGCUUGGGAAGAACGCACGGCGCUCUUACAGCGGGCCGAUAUGGCGAUGCUAUAGUAAUAAACCAGCCAAAAUGGGAACAUUUAAUAUAUCAGUUUGGUUGUCACAAUUUCAUUAUCGAUGCUGUGAUUAAAAAUGGAAAUAUUGUAUACUCUAAAGAACCUUUAUAA